CCUCGCGCCACAGACUUCCGUCCUUCGCCCGCGCUUUCCGCCUCUUCUCUGCGCGCCCAUCGACAAUGGAUGGCAACUCCCUUCUCUCCGUACCCAGCAAUUUGGAGUCACCACUGAUGUACGAGGUGUCAGCGGCACAGGAGGGCAUUGCCAGCGGGAGCUUGAGAGGUGGCCUGGGGAGCUCCAUCACAGCCUGUAAGAAGGUUCUUUGCAGCAACAGCCUGCUCGAGUCUACAGACUACUGGCUACAGAAUCAGAGGACUCCCUGCCAGAUCGGUUUUGUGGAAGACAAGUCUGAAAACUGUGCUUCUGUUUGCUUCGUGAACCUGGAUGUGAACAAGGAUGCUUGCAGCACAGAGCACCUGCAGCAGAAAUUGGUCAAUGUUUCACCAGAUCUUCCAAAACUCAUCAGCUCCAUGAACGUCCAACGGCCAAAAGAAAAUGAAAUUGUCCUUCUAAGUGGGUUAACAUCUGGAAAUCUCCAGGCAGAUUUUGAAGUUUCACAGUGCCCUUGGCUGCCAGAUAUCUGCUUGGUCCAGUGUGCAAGAGGGAACAGGGCAAACAGUACCAACUGCAUCAUCUUUGAAAUCAACAAAUUUUUGAUCGGUCUGGAACUGGUGCAGGAGCGCCAGCUCCUUCUGGAAACAAGUAUCUUAAAAGUGGAGGAUGACACCAACUGCUCCCUGUCUUCAAUCGAGGAGGACUUUCUCACCGCCUCUGAGCACUUGGAGGAGGAAAACGAGGUGGAAGACUACAGGAGCGGUUAUGAGAAUAUAAAUGUCUCAGCUAAUGUUUUGGAAAGUAAAAGACCAAAGGAAGCCACUCUGCAGGAAUGGAAUAACAACAAGGAAAAGUUGUUUUAUGCUCUGGAAGACAAAUAUAUUGGCAAAUACCAUCCGAUGACGAAGGCAGAAGGAUCGGUGGAAAAAGUAGAAGACACCCUUUUGCAGAGUCUUGGUGCAUCACCCAAGCCAUUGGAAUGGAAAGGUGAAGCUGUGCAGAAUAAGAGCCUAGCCACAAAUUAUUAUUAUUUAGAAAAUGUUAAAGGUCAUGUGGAAAAAUCACAGGCACCAUAUAUUCCUGGGGAUGCUUACUUCUCCAGGAUGGUUAAGAACGGUGGGCCUCCCAUAUAUAGCACCCUCACUAAGCAUGACAACAGCUUGGAUCCAAGGGACUGUGAAGAUGGCACAAACUCCUUUCCUCCCAAACAGGACGGAGAAGCCACUACUGGCGAGUAUGCUACAAAUUUAGCAGAAUCCGUGCUGCAAGAUGCAUUUAUUCGGUUGUCCCAGUCUCAGCCUACACCUCCCCAAGAUUCCACAGUCAGUGUUUCUGUCGGAAAUGCUCUGCUACCCAGUGGCUGUUCCACAAAAGGUAUGGUGGUCCCUCAGUCAUGGAACAAGCUCCCCAAAAUUGUCAUUGUUCAGAGUCCAGAUGGCAGUGAUGCUGCCCCUGAGGCAGGCAUCCCCUCAUGGUCUGAGGUGGAGGUCUCCGUUGAAACCUCAGGUGUCCUCUCUGGAGAGAACUCCAGCAGACACCCUCAGAGUGCUCUAGAAGUUGCACUGGCUUGCGCGGCCACUGUGAUUGGAACCAUUUCCAGUCCUCAGGCCACAGAAAGGCUCAAAAUGGAGCAAGAAUCUUUGGUUUCGACCCCUUCAGUGGGAGGCCAUGAACCACUGCAAGCUCAAAUAUCCCAGGUACUCAAGGAGCCUUCCAUCAGUGAAUACUCCUUUCCAUCUGCUCUGUGUGGCAUGACUCAGGUGGCGAGUGCCGUUGCUGUGUGUGGCCUGGGUGAAACAGGAGAGGCGAAGGCUCCGAGUGGCCUCUCGUGUGCAGCUGAGGCCUGUACAGCCGUCCCCCCGCUCUGCAGUCUGGCGACAGCGGGGAGCCUGGAGCUGGGAAAUGAGGCCAUAGCUUGGGCAUUGCUCAAGGAGGCUGCUCUGGUUUUAACAAGGCCUGGUCCCUGCAGCAGCGUUGGAGACCUCAUGGAAUCCAUGAGCAAGAGAAUCAUAGAAACUGCUUCAAAGCCUCAGGUCUUUGAAAAUGUCAGCUCAGAAAAUGUCCUCAGGGAUGAUCUGGCACAGACCCUGUCCAGUGUUAUCCUGAAGCAUUCCAUUGAUGAAGCUCACCAGAAAAACAAAAUACUUGAUCACAAUGACAGCAGGCAUUCACCUGAAACCCUCGACACCUUGAUGGAAAGUGCCAGUCAGCUGCUCUUCCGUGUGAUAUGCUUUACAUUCAAGAAGAUGAGUCAUUUUGUACAGCUUGGGGAAUGCCCCGCUGUCCUCGCUAAUGAGGCCAUCAGCUGUACGGAAGCAGAAUUAGGCUACCGGCCACCUGACCAGGCUGGCAGUCUAGCCUGGACCAAAGCCAUUGAGUAUUCCAGCAGCUAUCCACUUAGCAAUCCACGCAGCGCUAGUCUUGUGAUCAAUGAUCUUGCAGAUGAUGUGUGUCCAAAGCAAGAUAGCAAGGGCCCAGUGAAGCCAGGCCUCUUCCAGAACCCCAUGCUGCAAUCUCAGUGGCCCUGUAGACCCAGAGAGCCUCAUUCUUCAACUGCUAAAACACCCCCCAGAGAAAUAUAUCAAAAAGCAAUGGCAGGAGAAGAUCCACACGACCCUCAUCAGAUGCGCAGGUACAGUGAGAAUGAGUACGGAGCCGCUUCGGAGGGAGAGUGGACACUGGCAGUGGGCAAGGGCAGCAGAGGUUCCCAGGAUGCAGAGGACAGCACCAGUGCAAACGCCCAGGAGAAGUAUAAUUGUGCCUCCCCUCUAAACAAUGAAAUUCAAGUGAACUUGUCAUUGUCAGGGAAUGACUUGCUGCUUCCUGCUCAACCUGUGCUACAGGCAAAACAUGCAGAUAUAUACUGCAUUACAGACUUCGCGGAAGAAUUAGCAGAGAUGAUUGUCUCCAUGGCAACUGAAAUCGCAGCAAUUUGCCUUGACAACUCAAAUGGAAAACAACCCUGGUUCUGUGCGUGGAAGAGAGGGAAUGAGUUUCCGGUUUCCCCGAACGUAUCCUGCCGGUCCUUGAAGAGGAAGAAGGAAAGCCAGACCAGUGGGGCCGCAGUGAGGAAGCACAAGCCACCAAGACUCAGCGAGAUCAAGAGGAAAACCGAUGAGCACCCGGAGCUUAAGGAGAAGCUGAUGAACAGGGUCAUGGAUGAGUCAAUGAACCUUGAGGACGUCCCGGAUUCUGUCAGUAUUUUUGCAAACGAAGUGGCAGCCAAGAUCAUGAACCUAACAGAGUUCUCCAUGGUGGACGGCGUCUGGCAAGCCCAGAGCCAUCCCCGGAACCGGUUACUCAGUGGAGACAGGUGGAACCGGCCGAAGGCCUCCAGCUGUGAAAGCAUCCCAGAGGAGGACUCGAACACCCAGGCUUAUGUAAACAGCCUGGGUUUAAUGAGUACCCUAAGUCAGCCAGUUAGCAGGGCCAGCUCUGUCUCCAAGCAGUCCAGCUGUGAGAGCAUCACUGAGGAGUUUUCCAGGUUCAUGGUAAACCAGAUGGAAAAUGAAGGAAGAGGGUUUGAGUUACUGCUGGAUUACUAUGCGGGCAAGAACGCCAGCAGCAUCCUGAACUCGGCCAUGCAACAGGCAUGCCGUAAAAAUGACCAUCUCAGUGUGAGGCCAAGCUGUCCCUCUAAGCAGUCCAGCACCGAGAGCAUAACGGAGGAGUUUUAUAGGUACAUGCUGAGGGACAUUGAAAGAGAAAGCAGGGACAGCACCUCCUCCAGACGAAGCAGCCAGGAUUGGACCGUUGGCUUACUGUCACCUUCUCUGCGAUCCCCAUUGUGUUACAGACAGUCGUCCAUGCCAGAUAGCAGAUCCCUGGGGGCCAGGCUGACAGUGAAUGCACCCAUCAAAGCCAACUCUUUAGAUGGCUUCGCUCAAAACAGCCAGCAAGAUUUCCUAAGUGUACAUCCAGUCAGUAGCGCUUCCUCCUCAGGUCUCUGCAAAUCUGACUCUUGCUUGUAUUGGAGAGGUGGAACGGACCAGAUCACCAACAUGUUAAUUCACGAGACGUGGGCAAACUCAAUCAAAGCCCUCAUGCAGAAGAACAAAAUUAUAGUGGAUGAUGCCAAGGCAGCUGAGGUUGAUCCUGCCUCUGGUGGCUCUCCCAUGCAAGUGGAGAAAUGUGCAAACAGACCAGCUUCAAGCAGAGUGCAAAGUGGGCCAAGUCUUCUUGUUCAGGAGCCCAUUGAUAACCAAAGGAAAGGCUCCGUUACUGAAAGCAAACAGCCCUCAGUGUUGUCUCAGAGCAAAGCUGCUCCUCUUACAAACCACAACAGUUUAGAUUCUUUUAAAAAGGAAACUUCUUCGUGCUAUGGGACGAUGCCUGUAAACCGCACCAGGAGGUCACUUUGCUCAAGAGAAGUGCCUUUAAUUCACAUCGAAACGGAUCAGAGAGAAGAGUGUGUUGGAGAAACUGAACAUUCCCCCUCUGAAACCAGGCCCCUACAAGAAGCAGAGGAGCAUUUGAAAGAUGAAAAUGUCCCAGAUGUGAUGAAGGGAGGAGACACUACCGGGAGUGCCUGCCAAAACCCCAGUGACAGUCUUGAUGCCAGAGAGGUAACAGGGGCUGAAGUCUCGGCAGAAGGCAGAGCCCCUGAUGAGUUCCCCAACCUUUCCGGCAGCAGUGGGGAGAGCACGGACAGCUGGUCCCAGCUUGCCAAUGAGGAGGACAAUCCAGACGACACGAGUAGCUUCCUGCAGUUCAGUGAGCGAUCCAUAAGCAAUGGCAACAGUAGUGCCACUAGCAGUCUUGGCACUAUGGACCUGGACAUUUAUCAGGAAAGCAUGCCAUCUUCUCCCAUGAUUAAUGAAUUAGUAGAAGAAAAGGAGAUUCUUAAAGGACAGUCAGAAAACGUAGAGGAAGGUGCCUCUGGAGUGCCGGUGGAAGCGGCCAGCCCCCAGGGGAGCCUGCUGGUGAUCAACUUUGACCUGGAGCCAGAGUGUCCUGAUGCUGAACUUCGAGCCACGCUGCAGUGGAUAGCUGCAUCUGAACUUGGGAUCCCCACCAUCUAUUUUAAGAAAUCUCAGGAAAACAGAAUCGAAAAGUUUUUAGAUGUCGUGCGGCUGGUUCAGCAGAAGUCCUGGAAAGUGGGAGAUAUCUUUCACGCAGUUGUUCAGUAUUGCAAAGUGCAUGAGGAGCAGAAGGAAGGGACCCCAAGUCUCUUUGACUGGCUCUUGGAACUGGGAUAA